GAUUUUUUUCGUCAAAAAAUAGUCUCUGAAUCAGGGAAACUUAAGGUUUGUGGAAAAGAUUCAAGGUAUAAAGUCUUGAGUUGGUUGGUUGGGGAAAGUGAGAAUUCGGACUUAAACAAGUUGCUUAUUUUUUUGGUUUGCACUGAAACCAAAUCAAUUGAAAUGAGUGUGGUGGGAUUUGAUAUUGGAAACGAGAACUGUGUUGUUGCCGUGGUGAAGCAAAGGGGUAUUGAUGUUUUGUUGAAUGAUGAAUCGAAACGUGAAACCCCGGCUAUGGUAUGUUUUGGGGAGAAGCAACGGUUUAUGGGAUUUGCUGGUGUUGCUUCUGCAAUGAUGAACCUGAAAUCCACAAUAUCUCAGGUCAAAAGACUAAUUGGCAGGAAAUUAUCAGAUGUGGAUGUGCAGAACGAGCUAAAAAAGCUGCCUUUCAAAACGUCUGAAGGUCCGGAUGGGGGCAUUUUGAUUCACUUGACGAACCGGGGUGAGAGCCAUACAUUUACGCCAGUGCAAAUUCUGGCAAUGCUCUUUGCUCAUUUGAAAGAGAUAACAUAGAAACGUUUGGAAAUGCCCAUUUCAGAUUGUGUAAUCGGGAUCCCAUCAUACUUUACGGACUUGCAGUGAUG